AUGGAAGGAAUGAAUCAAAAAGAACAAAAACCAAUCCUUGUACAUGGUAGCUAUGGGAUUCGAAGAACUGCUAUUUUUGUAAUCACCUCAUUACUGAUAAGACAAAUUACGGAGACACAUCGUAUGUCAAUAUUGAACACAGCUAUAACGGUAUGCAAACGACGUUACGGUGUUUUGCGAUUGUUAGCAGAUUAUCGUUUAAUAUUGCAAUCUGCAUUAUAUUAUGCAAAACAAUGUGAUUUAAUUAAAAAUGAAAAAACAUUUAUGGAUGCUAUAGAUGUAAGUGAAUGCGAUUACAUGUUAACCUUUGACCCCUUUGAAUUUCAAUAA